AUGAGAGCAGGCAACAGGCGCGGAAAAAGCGAGCAGUCCCUGCUGUCGGGCGAGGGGGUCCAACAGAUGCACGAGACAGGGCCCGGAACCUUGAACUACACCCUGGUGCGGCCCCGCGACGGAGCCUGGGGCAUCCCCACUGAAGCGGGCGACUGGAACGGAAUGAUCGGGAUGGUCAAGCGAAACGAAGCUGACCUGGCCCUCGGCCCCUUCGGCCUGACCUACUCCAGGUCCCGCGUCGUGGACUUCUCUUCGCCCAUCCUUAUCGACUACUAUCGCAUCCUGACGAAAAGGCCGCGCUCCGAGCCCGACCCCAAGGGCUUCCUCACCCCUUUCAGGUGGCACGUGUGGAUCGGCUUAGUCUUGUCGGUUGGCGUAAUUGGGGUCGUGCUCUUUGGCGUCCGCAAAGCCGCCCACACCUUCUUCGGGGGCGAGGAGAUGAAUCCGUCCAAAAACGCAAGUCUGCCGCAGCAUUUGUGGGCAGUCUAUGGGGCGCUAAUCAGCCAGCCUUACACGUGGAUGAGUCGGUCGUGGAGCGGGCGCGUCGUCGUCGGCAUGUGGUGGCUGACAGCGCUCAUCAUCGCCCGCUCCUACUCCUCGGCCCUCACCUCCAUGCUGGCGGUGCGGACGGUGCCCGUCAAGUACAAUUACCUCAGGCAAGUCAUCGGCGACCCGGAUAUCCAUCUCAUUUUCGAGAAAGCGACGGCGUUGGUCGAACACAUGUCUACGGUCCAGGAAGGGGUGUACAAAGAUCUGGCGAACACGAUACAGCAAGACCGUGCGCACUUCCUCGCCUCGUCUAAACUCUACGACGCCGCCUAUACGGACGUAAGGAACAGACAGUACGCCCUGCUGGUGGAGGACACCACCUGCAGGAAGGUCUUCUCGGAUGACUUCACUAAAUACGGUCGCUGCGACUUCUACAUCGGCAAGGAGCGUUACUGGCCUCUCAUCUUCUGCUUGAUCGGACGAAAAGGAACGCCGAUUAUGCAGGCAAUCAACAGCAAGAUCGAGCGCCUCGUGUCCCACGACCUGUACUUCAAGUGGCUGGAGGACGAGCUGCCGAACGCCACAGCGUGCCUGAAGGCGAGCACCAAAAUAACGGUCAACGAAGCGUACGACCUCACCGGCCUUUGGGGCGUGUUUGUGCUGUUUUUGGGCGGCUUGAUAGUUGCUGCAUUGAUUCUAAUGACCGAAGUAUGUGUGGCUGUUGUGGCCGACUAGAUGUGAAACCUUAAAAUCUCGCCUCAUGCUCGCCACCAAGAGUGAAGACUUUGUCCA